AUGGCAAGGAGGACCGCUAGUGCGCCAGCUAGCUGCAGUGUUCCUACCUACCCCCGGUACCGUGUACGAGUAUCACUCUAUUCUGGGUUUAUCGCGUGUAUCUGCGCGGUGCCACAGUUCUUGCCUACCAUACAGGAGAAUCUCUUGCAACAUAUCUAUGUUCUCGGAAUAAUGUAUGCUAUGAUAUCUGCAUCGUUGGAUCCCAACAUGUUCAUGAACAUGUCGUGGCGUCUGUGCAUAGCCGUCUGUGCUGGUUCUUCAGUGGGCUACUUGAUCGUCCUCCUAGAAACGGCUAUGGGUGGCGGAGUCUACAACCCUUAUUAUGGUGUGCUUAUUGCCUUCCCCUUCUUCUUCGUAUCCGACCUGGCCGAGGCCAGCUCGAAGUGCAAGCUGUCCCAACUGUUCUCGUACAUUUCCAGCAGUCUGAUGUUGGUAUCUGUGGUGGCGUUCUCGGGUCCAGUAGCCCGCAAGUGUCUCUACUCGGCACUAUUCUCUGGGGUCAUGUCUCUGGUUGUACCAGUUACGAUCACAGGAGUGCUCAAUGUGUUGGGUCUGCUCCCUCGUAUUGCGCCUGAGCCCAUGUGUGCGUUUGAGGUCGCUGCUGGCAACUUGUUCAGAUCGAACGCCUGCUACAUAUUGGAUGGUGAUCUCCAUAAACGUGAGUUAGAUGAGCAGCGGCGGUCGCUUGUAAAUGCACGUAAAACUGUUCUGGCGAGUGUCACUGAUGGCGACCUUCGGUUGUGUAUUUUCCGAAUGACCAGUACGUUGUAUGGCUUGCGACGUGCUGCACGGUGGGAACCCUUCAGCGAGGCCGCUGUCACACACUUGUGGGGGCCGAUGCAAAUGGAGUUGAGGAGACUGAUGACGUUCGUGACCGCCUUGCUAAAGCACGAGGUGGAAUUGGACGAUAUUCCGAAUUUGAGAUCAGCGGCUAGAAAUGCUGUGAUAAGGAUCAAAAAGAUCAGCAUUGAAUAUAGUCGAUCGGUAGCUGACCAGAAGUCCGUUGUGAUUUCUGCCAGAGAGAUGGCUCGGGUAGAGUUUGCCAUGUUGGCUAUACCAAGAUUUGCGCUCCUUGUUGACCAGUACUUCGACCUCAAAGCGCAGCGAAGCUCACCAAAGCCGUCGCUGAUGAGAUAUAUACCACUUUCCCCGCCGCUGAGACAUCCUAUCAAGUUCCUCAAGCAACCUUUCUGGCCGCCAGGAACGUCGUUGAAGGACAAGUUUGGCUUCCCUUUGAGAUUGUCUAUUUGCACCACGAUCAUUGCCGAGAUAACUUUAGCACUCGGGGAAGUGUAUCCUAUUCUGCUCACUGAGGGCUUAUGGGUGACCCUUCCGGUCCUUACUUGUUUCCUACCCACGGUUGGUUGGACAUUAGGAAAGGGUCUCCGACGUAUGCUUGGGGUAACACUCGGAGGUGUGUUGGCGAUACUUGCGGUUUACGUUAAUCCUAUGGACCCUCCUGCGGUCAUGGUCGAGCUCUUCAUAAUGGCGGCAUUGGGGAAGUUCUAUACGAUGGACCCGAGAAUUGGUUAUCUCGGAUUUCAGACCACUGCCACUUUCGCUGUCGUAGGUGUUUGUAAUGCUCUCGACCCUACGAUGGAUGACCAUGAACGAUUACAUCUCGCGUUAAUUCGAAUGCUCUUCACACUGGUUGGACUGGCAAUCGCUAUAUCACUCUGCCUUAUAUCGUUUCCUUCUUUUUGUGGUCAACGUCUAGCACGGCAGACCGCCAAAGAACUGUCUUGCGCUUCGUCGAUCGUAUCUUCCUUAGUGGAGGGUAUGGUUGCGGGGAAGCAUGACGGUUCGAAAGAUUCGGAGGAGGAGGAGCACCACCCGAUUCCUACUAUGGUCGAGGUUGGGGCGAUCCUAUUGAAAGAGGACAACUGUCGCCUUGCCGAACAACGUUGGUUGCGCGAGGAAGCUACUUAUAUGCGUGUGGUUCACAUAAGAUCCACACGUUGCGCUGUGACUCCCAAGUGCUUGAGUUUCGCUCAAGACGAGGUCACCAGGCUGAGCAGGAGUGCAGUAGUGGUAAGUCAAGUUUUCUGGAGUUGCAAUGAGAGGAUGAGUGCGGCGACUGACCGUCUCCUUCUGGACCCGAUUCGUCCACUACUACGCGAUGUUGCGAUGCAGCUUGUGAAAUCUUCUAUUGAGCUCGAUCGUUGUCUACGUAGUAAUGUUAAAACAGAGCAAGCGAUGCGAGCGGCUGAGGACACUUUAGAGGCGAUGCUUUAUUUGUAUGCUAAGUUUGACGAGAAUAGGACUAAGUUGUUAUUCAAGCGGACCUGGGCCGCCGAAGAUGAGGUUACUGAUUCAACUCACAUGAUCCAAGUGAUCAGCAGUGGUGGAGGUGUUGGCGUACAUGAAGCUAUCCAUGCGAUAAACGUGUUCGUCGAGGAUUGGGUGGCUGUGGUGAAUGAGCUUCUGGGAUGCCAGUUGAGCCCACCACAUGCGCCGGUUGAGGAGAGUGUGAUAUCAUGGGGAAGCCUCGACACCAGUGCAGAAUCGCUCGAUGGAAUAAUCAGGAAAAGAGCUGAAACCUUGACCACCAUAUUGAAUUCGUUCGGUGCCUUGCCGAGGAGUUCCCCACCGCCGAUGCCUGUUUUCGAAGGAGCUGCGGCAUCGUAUCUUGAAUCAUGUGUCAUGUUCAUUCUGGAGGGCGAGUCGCAUCAAGAUGAACUAGAGCGGAAACGAGAUAUACUCGCAGAGGCUAGGAGGAAUUUCUUGCGAUCUACGAAGCAGGAGCUGUUUCACAUGGUCUCAACUAUGAUCGCCAUAUUGCGAGGAGAGGAGAAUCCUAUGGAACCAGCUAAACUGCAUACGUGGUCGGUCGAGGUUAUUCGCAAGAUUCGCGGUAUUAUAGUAGAGUAUAGCCGCAAAGUUGCCAAGGGAAAUGCUGAUCUGAUCCCAGUGCAAGAGCUGAUCAGGAUGGAGCACGUUAUGCUCACGAUAACGCGGCUGGCGAGAGUUGUGGCUGAUUAUUCUGUCAUCAAAAUGGAGAUGACGAAGAGUAAUUUCGAGCUGGAGAACUAUAUCCCGAUUCACCCUGUGCUGUGGAGACUCUCAGCGUGGAUAAAGGAGCCAUUUUAUCCGGCUGACUCCACAUGGUUUGAGCGGCUGUGGUUCCCUGCUAGGUUGACGGCAUCACUCACCAUACUUACAUUGAGUAUCUUGGGGGUUGCUGAGGACUAUUCUGAUCUCAGCGUGGAGGGGUUCUGGGUUCUAAUGCCGGCCAUAAGCUGUUUUCUCUCUACAGUGGGCUCUACUUUGAGCACAGCAGUAAGGCGACUUGUUGGUGUCGUUGUCGGUGGCGUUCUGGCUAUAAUCGCCACAUCGAUUCAUCCAACCAAUGAGGCUGCGUUCAUAGUGGAGAUAUUCCUGGUGGCUACAGCUACGAGAUUCCUGGUGGUUGAAUCUACUAUUGGGUAUGCUGGUAUGCAGAUGUUUAUCACUUUCAUAGUGGUUGGUGUUGUGAAUGGAAUCGAUCCCGAUAUGACUACCGAGUCGCGGACCUCGAUGGCCGCUAUUAGAAUGCUCUAUACGGUUAUUGGCCUCAUAGCCACGCUGAUUUUCUCUAUAUUGACUAUUCCUGUGUUUAUAUGUCGUGAGCUGUCUCGUCGAUGCGCUGAUGAGAUCCGUUCUUUGGCUGGAGUUGUCGCACAUGCCAUUAUAGCUCUCACGGAAUCGGCUGAGGAUUGUGCAUCGCCCAGAGGUUCUGAUCCGGACCGAACAUCGGUGGUGACUACUGGUAACCUCAUUCUGCACAAGGAGAUAGCGAGAGCGGCGGCCACGAGCGGCGCCUUUGAAGAGGACAAACUGUUGCAUCUUGUUGGUGUGAAUGCAUCAAGAUGCCGUAUCAGCGCGAGCAGGAUAAUAUCAACACAGUGGCAGUUCUCGAGGCUAUCGCGGUGCUCUAUGUCUGUGUGUAUCUGCUUGGAUCGUUGUGUGUAUGCUAUGAGUUCAACUACGAGAAAGCAUCUACUUUUACCAGCUCGGGACACCUUGAAUGGCCUUGCUAUGGCGAUAGUACAGUCGUCAGCUGAGCUCAACCGUCUACUACGUGGGAAAGAUGAUGGCUUGCGAGUGAUGGAAACUACUAUGGAUCUCGUGGAUGCUAUGGAUGAUACAUUCAGCCACUUCGAGGAACUACACAAGGAGUUGUUAUUCAGCAAGACUUGGGCUGUUGAUGGGAACAUUAUGGAUUCCACCAAGUUGGUUGAAGCUCUCGCAAGUGGUGGUGGCGUCGGCCUCCACGAAUGUUUGUACACUCUUACUUGUUUUGUAGCUGAAUGGUUGGCUAUUGUGAAUUCACUUUUGGGUAGUAGCCUCAGCGCGGCUCCUCAUCAUCAACAAGAAACGGAAAUGAAGUUCUGUCCGGAACCGACCAAGUCCGUCAGAGGACGCUUGCGAGCUCAUUCGGAACAGUUGAGUUCUAUGAGACACGCAGAUUGUGGCGUGUUGCGUUCGAAUCACUAUGGAGUGCUCUUAGUUGUUGUCAAAGUCCGCAAGCGUGUUUAUGUGAGAAACUAUGGUUUUGCCGGUAUAGCAACUAGGAUAGUUCCCGAGCCUUUGAACGGCAUAUCGUGUGAUGACGGAUAUUUGAAAGGCGCAUGCUGGGGUUUGACACCCCAAUCCAUUGUGGAAGUCCAGACUGCUGCCUUUACUGGCAUUACAGUGUGCUUGACGUCAAUCACGGUCUUCAAUUCGACCAUCUCGGCCGUUUUCCCGCCACAUUUCAUGAUUCUGGGCCUGGCUGGUGCUCUCAUAGUGUCCUAUCUCGAUCUAAGGCUAUCACUGGAAUGGUCAUUGAAGACGACUGUAGCGUCCUGGCUGGGAUGUGCUUGUGGCAGUCUUAUUGUGUAUGUGGUGUCUGCUUUAAAUGAAGGAGACUAUAAUCCCUAUCUUGGUAUCAUGCUGGCUGUACCAGCCUCUUUUCUUCUGUCCUUGGCCGAUCAAGCAGGUGAAGUUUACUGCAAAUUAAGCUGUCUCUAUCGAGGCGACAAGGCUCUGCUCCUGCUCAUCAUCCCCAUCGUUUUUGGUGGAGAGGAUCCGUAUUGGUCUGCGCUCACCGCGGCUACUGGCUACACCAUCGGCUCAUUGAUUCCCUUGAUGGGAACUCUUUUAAUGUGGUCUCUUAGAAUGCUCCCCGAUACUCGAUUGGAGUCGCUGAGGCGCCUCAGUGUUGUAUUGGCGGACUAUUUCGAUGCGAUUACCUUCUUAUGGCGAGUUAGAGACCAAGAAGAAGCCGUAGUACGGCGCAUGUGGGAUGAUGUAUGUCAGGCUAGCACUGAAGCGGCAGCUUCUACGAGCGAUCCGAAACUACGUGGCACCAUCUGGUCCAUGUUUGCAUGCCUAUCUACUGUACGGAAAUCUUCACAACGUCAGACGCUCGAGGCUGAGGCCUUGGAAACUCCAUGGUCGGGUCCUUUUGAUGGUGAAAUGGUAUCACUUCGUCAGAAGGUGGUCACUGCUCUCAGAGUGUGGGAUGAUCAUCAUGAGUUUGAUAACGAUAUUAUUACAGCUGCAAGGCAUCUGAGCUCAUCUGUGGAGAAGUGUCGAGCUCGAGCUGAUGUCCGUGCCACGACAGAGUCGAAGAAUUCCGAAUUCGCCAUUAACGAAAUGGUGAAGUUCUCCCUGCUUGUUCACGAGUUCCUCAUCCGGGUCAAGGGCUCUAACGGAGAUUCUUCGGUUGCUACGAAGGUCGCCGACUGGUUUAGGCAGCCUUUCUUCACUUCGGCGAAUCCUGAGAUCACUUGGAGAGUCCGCCUGGCCUAUCCAUUGCGUGCUGCGAUCACUGUUCCUUUGGUCGCUCUCUUCCUUACUGUUGGUGGUCAAUACUUCGCCGUGCUAUCUCAUUUUGGCCUCUGGCUGAUGCUCCCUUGUCUAUUCUGUUUCCUACCCACACCAGGCGCGUCUAUUCGGAAAGGAUUGAGACGAAUUGUCGGUACAGUGGUAGCAUCUAUUUUGGCAGUAGUAUGUGUUAGUAUGCAUCCCAAUAACGAAUGUAUAUUUUUAUGUGAGCUUUUUGUAUUCUCUGUCAUCGCCAAGUUGAUGUUCUUCCAUGAUACUCUACAGUACUCGGGAUUAGUUUUCGGUUUUACUUGGAUUAUUGUAGGCCUAGGUCCCGGAAUCGACGCCGACUUGCCCGUUGGCAGCAAAGUGUCGCGCGCGAUUCACCGCAUGGACAUGACUGUUGCCGGCGUUGUGCUAUCGAUUGUCCUGACCUCAUUGAUUUCUCCGGUUUUUGCUUACAAGCGUUUGCGUAGAGCAACUGUAUGUUCGCUCGAGCUUGUAUCUAAUUCAGUUGUCAAUGCGUGCGAAUCGGUGGUCUAUGAGACUCCAUGGAACCGUGAGGCUCUGAGCAAGGAUGUGCUGAAUGCCGCUAUUCUUCUCGACAGGAGCUAUUCUAAUAGGCACGCGCAGAUCGCCGAUGCCAGAGCGGAAUGCCAGGCCCUGCGAUAUGUAUCACCUGCAAGGCAUUCCCAGCUCGGCCAUUUGGUCGCUGCUCAGCACCUGGUGGAUCGACUGACUCGGCGUUCCUUGGUUGUCAUAUCUGCUGUCACUACGUGCCUGGCCAGCAAAGGGUGUGGAUUACCCGAAGCUGCCCAAAGAGACUUACUGCUCGUGGGUACCGUCAUUCGACGGAGAUGUGAGAUCCUGGUGGCAGCCGUGAAAACGCGGAAGUUCAAACUGGCCGACAUCAGCGAUUCAGUCAUGUGCUCCAUUCUAUGUCUGCAGUCCAACUCGCAGGUGGUCAGUGAUGUGGCGCACUACGCGUUGGACUGCUUGGUGCAUGCUCUCCAUGAUUUCGGGGAAGUGUGGGAAGAAGUCGAACGUAUGCUCGCUACCCCCAAGUAUGUGUGA